AUGGCUGUACUCGUUGCUCUAGUAGGUACUAUCAUCGAGGGAAAACUGUAUGGUUAUCAAGCAUUUAUCCUGGGCGCUCUGACCUUGACAGGUGUUGGAAUGGUGGCGAACUAUAUCCGAUAUGCUGAAAGCGUACCGACUUCGGUAGAUAAGGAUGAUCAGCAUCGAACGAAAUCACUCGGCCAGAAACAGUUGCGGUUGAUACAAGUGUUUCAACCAGUAAGUUCAAUUAGUGGAAAUUUCUUUCGGCUUUCCACUACAAGAAGAGCUCGCAAAAAGACUAGAGAGGCCAUAGAGAGAUGUCUUUUGAGACUGAAAGAUGCAAGUAGCGACGAAUCUACACUCAGCGACUCCACUUUGGUCGACUCAGAUGAAGCUGAUACUGACACUUCGGGUAUCAUUCUCGACGAGGCCGAUGCAGUUACUGGUGAUAACAGUCCAAGGUUCACUUCGUGGUUUAUGGAGAACUAUUCAGCCGAGACAUCAGUUACCCCAUCGAUUCCUACAACUUCGGAAAGCUCAACUAAUAUAUCAACACAAGCUACAAGGUCUGCUACAAGAUCUGCUACAAUGGAAAACUCCUUGGAAUCGUCUUCGGGUUGGCACUUCGCAUAUCUCCUGACCAGAAUCUUUCCCCAACGCAAAGAAAAGUUGUGGACAAACAAGUUCGAGGGCCUUAGACCGUUGAAAUUGGUUCAUCCAGACAACAAUUCUUUAUAA